UCCGGCAGGUAAAACCUCUGCUGAACUCACGUGGAGAUACAUUUAAAAGUCCGUUUCUUAAAAUAAAAUUGUAGUGUUCUCCUACACAACAUUUGAUAAGAUAUCAGAACGAAUAAUAAUAAACGAGUCUGUACGAUGUUGCGUUUAAAAAAAUUUAUUAUUUUCUGAAGAAUGUGUGUCGCGUAAUAAUCGUUUUUUUUGUUUUUGCAACGUUUCGUUUUUGUUUUUGGGUAUUUAAAAAGUUUUCAAACAAGGAAAAAUGACUACUUUGGAAUUAUAUGUGAAGGGUGCAAGAGUAUGGAUAGCACAUCAGGAGCUAGUAUGGGAAGGUGCAGAACUGCUAGAAAAUUACACUCCAGAUAAGACAGCCCUCCGAGUGCAGACAGAAGGCGGCGAGGUGAAGACGCUCGCCGUGAAAUCGGAGGCCAAUUUACCCUUCCUCAGGAAUCCUCCGAUUCUGAUCGGAGAGAACGACCUCACCUCGUUGUCGUACCUCCAUGAGCCGGCUGUCCUUUAUAACCUCCAGGUCAGGUUUUGUCAGCAAAAAGACAUUUACACCUAUUGUGGAAUUGUCCUGGUCGCUAUCAAUCCUUAUGAUGAUCUUCCAAUAUACGGCACGGAUACCAUACAGGCAUAUCGAGGUCAAGCUAUGGGCGACCUCGAUCCGCACAUCUUCGCCGUCGCCGAAGAAGCUUAUACCAAACUGGAAAGAGAACAAAUGGACCAAAGUAUCAUCGUCUCGGGCGAAAGUGGUGCUGGCAAAACGGUCUCGGCAAAAUACGCUAUGAGAUAUUUUGCUACAGUGGGCGGAAGCGCCACAGAAACGCAAAUUGAAAAGAAGGUUCUUGCAAGUAGUCCAAUUAUGGAGGCUAUAGGUAAUGCUAAAACUACUAGAAAUGAUAACAGUUCAAGAUUUGGUAAGUUUAUCGAACUUCAAUUCAAUAAACAAUUCCACAUUAGCGGAGCUUCAAUGCGGACUUAUUUGUUGGAGAAGUCUCGUGUAGUCUUCCAAGCUCCAGACGAGCGAAAUUAUCACAUAUUUUAUCAAUUAUGUGCCGCAAGAAAAGAAUUACCAUAUUUAAAUUUAGCUGAACCAAACCACUUUUACUAUUUAAAUCAAGGUCAAAGUCCAUCAAUUAACGGCGUAAACGAUUUUAAAGAGUACAAUGAAACAACGAACGCUUUAAACUUGUUGGGAUUUUCAAAAGAAGAACAAAAGGAAAUGUUUAAAAUUCUUGCCGCCGUUUUGCAUUUAGGUAAUAUCAAAUUUACCGAAACGAUUAUUGAACAAGAAAACGAACAGAGUCAGGAAGGUUGUUGUAUUCACGAUAUGGAUAAACAUUUGCAAAAAUUUUCGGAUCUUCUUGAAAUCGAAUCCGAAGAAAUGUUAAUCUGGUUAUGCACGAAAAAAAUCGUAUCCAUGCGAGAUAUCAUCAUGAAACCGAUGACCACGGAACAAGCGAUGAUUGCUCGAGAUGCUUUGGCUAAACACAUUUAUGCGCAACUUUUCGAUUGGGUCGUCGUGACAAUUAAUAAAGUCUUAGAAUCCGAUAUUCCCCGACAUAAAUUCAUUGGGGUUUUGGAUAUUUACGGAUUUGAAACGUUCGAAAUUAAUUCUUUCGAACAGUUUUGUAUCAACUAUGCUAACGAAAAACUUCAGCAACAAUUUAAUUUACACGUUUUUAAAUUGGAACAAGAAGAGUAUAUUAAGGAGGGAAUUGAAUGGAAAAUGAUUGAUUAUUAUGAUAAUCAACCGUGUAUAGAUUUAAUUGAAACGAAAUUAGGAAUAUUAGAUUUAUUGGAUGAAGAAUGUAGAAUGCCAAAAGGUUCAGAUCGUUCUUGGACAGAAAAACUUUAUUCAAAAUGUUUGAAAUAUUCUCAUUUUGGAAAGGCUCGUUUUGGUACAUCAGCAUUUAUAAUAAAUCAUUUUGCUGAUAGAGUACAGUACGAGAGUAAUGGCUUCUUAGAAAAAAAUCGCGAUACUGUGAUGGAAGAACAUAUAUCGGUGCUCAAAGAUAGUAAAAAUGCUUUAGUAAGAAAAUUAUUUAACGAAGUGAAAAUAAAACCGAGCGGAGCGGCUAAAUUAAAAGUUGUUUCUGCAAAACCUCAACAAGUUAUCCACAAGAGUCACAAGAAAUCUGUUGGUUCGCAAUUUCGUGAUUCCUUAAAUUUAUUAAUGAGUACUUUAAACGCUACAACACCGCACUAUGUAAGAUGUAUAAAACCAAACGAUACAAAAACCCCAUUCGAAUAUAAUCCUCAAAGAGCUGUUCAGCAAUUAAGAGCUUGUGGUGUGUUAGAAACUAUUAGAUUAUCGGCAGCCGGAUUUCCAAGUCGUUGGUCGUACAUCGACUUCUUUUAUAGAUACAGGGUAUUAUGUAAAUUUAAAGACAUUAAUAGAAAUAAUAUGCAGAAAACUUGUUGUAAUAUCUUAGAACAGCACAUUAAAGACAAAGAAAAAUUCCGUUUUGGAAAAACUAAAAUAUUUUUUAGAGCAGGCCAAGUGGCCUAUUUAGAAAAAUUACGAUCUGAUAAAUUAAUGAAAUGUUGUAUUAUCAUGCAAAGUACGGUUAGGGCGUAUUUAUGUAGGAAGAAAUAUCUUGCAAUGAAAAAAGCUAUUCAUGGAUUGCAACGUUAUGCUAGAGGUUAUCUCGCUCGAAGACAUGCUCAAGAAUUACGUAGAAAUAGAGCGGCCACUGUUAUUCAAAAACACAUUCGCCGUUGGCUCAAACAAACUAAAUACCAGAAGAUUAAAAAGACAAUCGAAGGAAUUCAACGAUACGGAAGAGGAUAUUUGGCAAGGCUGCACUUCAAACGGCUCAAAUACAAUGCAAAAGCAACAAUUAUUCAGAAAUACGUUCGUGGAUGGUUGGCCAGAAGAUGGUAUGCAGAACAAAUUCGAAAGAUUGUUAUUUGCCAAUCGGCAAUUCGACGCUAUUUGGCAAGACGCCUUUACAAGAAGAUGAAAAUAGAAGCAAGAUCCAUCGAACAUGUUAAAACAUUAAAUAAAGGCCUUGAAAAUAAGAUUAUCAGUUUACAACAAAAAGUUGACGAAUUAAAUAAAAACAAUUCCGAGUUGAGGAAAAAAGAAACCGAAGUGGUUGACUUAAAAUCGAAAUUAACUUCGUAUAGAUCCCUCGAAACGGAAAUUAAAAACCUCAAUAAUCUCCUUAUGGAAAGAGAUAGGAAAAUAAUGGAAUUAGAAGAAACGCUAAAAGUUGAAAGGGAUGAAAAAAUGGAUAUAUUAAACGAACAGGAAAAAUACAAAUCCGAUAUGGAUGAACAAAACAACCGAUGGAAUGAGGAAAUGAAUAAAGUUCGCGCUGAAUUGGACGAAAUGAACGAAAUUGUUAAACGUUAUGAAAAAGAAGAAACAGCGAAAGAAAAAAUAGAACACGAAAAACUAUUAAUCCUUAACGAACAAGAUAACGAUCGUCAUGCCUAUCAAAAAUUAUUGCAAGAAUACCACGGUUUAGAACAACAUUGCGAAGAUCUUCAACGACAAUUAAGCGAACAAAAUCGCCAAGGAAGACAUAUGCGAAACACCAGCGAUGUUAGUUCUAUAUCACAAGUCGACGAAAGUUUACCAAUAAGCGAAUUACCAGACGAUAAUAAUUCAAUUCAAAGUUAUGGAUCAUUAAAAACAUCAAGCGGCAUAAACUCAGGCGAAACCACAUCCAACGGAACAACCGACUCUAAUCUCGAAAACGGCACUACAUUAGACAUUUCGUUAGUAUUAAAACUACAACACAAACUUUCAGAAGUUGAACGUGAAAAAUCACGCCUCCAAAAACGAUUAGAUGAUCUCGAUAUGUCACCUCGUGUCGAAAAGGCUGAAAACGCUGUCAGAGAUUCGAUAAAAAUAUCCGAAUUGGAAUUAAUGAAUUCAAACCUAAAAACGGCUUUAUACGAAUUGCAAACAAGCAUUUCGGAAGGUAACGGCGAGAAAAAAAUGCAAGAACAAAACCAAUCGCUUCACGAAGAAUUAGAAAGGAGAAGCGAAGAAAUCGUUCAAUUAAAAUCCGUUUUGGCCGAUCAAACUAGUAAUAUGAAAUCAAUUGUUAGCACAAAAACAAGAAUGGGCGAGUACAUAAACGAAGAUGGCGAACUUGCGUUGGCAUACGAAACUCAGAAGACAAUAAAUAAACAAUUAGAGUUAGAAUUGCAAGAUGAACAAGCGAAAAAUAGGGCGCACGAAAGGGAGUAUAAGGUUGAAAUUGAAAAGUUAAGGGAGGAUAACGAAAGGCAACAAAGAUUAUUAUCGGAACAUCUAACUACCCCGCAAACUAAGAGCGAAGCUUACAUGCAACACGAAGUUUCUAGAUUAACUAAAGAAAAUUUAGAACUCCAAGAUAAGUACGAUCAAACUGCCGAAACAAUAAGAAAACAAAAGAAGCAGUUGAAGAUGUUGAUUAGAAAGUUAAAAGAAAGUGGAAUUGAUUUGGAUGAAACGAUUACAACAGAUGUAAAUAAGAAUGAUGAUAUAUUUUAUAGCGCAAAACAUUCAAGAGCUUUACCUACGCUUAGAAAGAAAGAAAGGGAUUAUUUGGGGAUGUUUUCUUAUAAAUCUGCUGAUGAAUCUAUCAUGAUACGUCACUUAGUUGUUGAUUUAAAUCCAAGAACAGCAGUGACAUUACUUCCAGGAUUACCAGCGUAUAUAGUUUUUAUGUGUGUCCGCCACACUGAUUUUAUUAAUGAUGAAGAUAAAGUCCAAUCUCUUCUAUCCAAUUUCAUGAAUUCCAUUAAAAAAGUUGUGAGGAAACGCAAAGAAGACUUGGAAACUGUUUCGCUUUGGCUUUCAAAUACUUUAGUAUUAUUACAUUGUAUGAAACAAUUUAGUGGAGAUGUAGGUUUUCAAAAAUUCAACACUCCUAAACAAAACGAGCAGUGUUUGCGUAAUUUUGAUUUAUCCGAGUAUAGGCAGGUUUAUUCAGAUUUGGCGGUUUGGAUUUAUCAAGCAACUGUGAGAGUGUUGGAAGAGAAAAUUCAACCGCUAAUUGUACCAGCGAUUUUGGAGCACGAAGAAAUCCGUGGGAUGAGCGGUACUAAGCCAUCCGGAUUCAGCAGAAGAACCAGUAGUUUUAACUUGGAAAGUCCCGCGGGAAGUCAAAAACCAACAACCGCUUUAUUGCAAGAAUUAUCUAAUCAACAUAAAGUCUUAACAUUUUACGGGGUCGACAAUGAGGUCAUAUCGCAGAUUUUCAAACAAAUUUUCUAUUUUAUUUGCGCAUCCAGCUUAAAUAAUUUAUUACUCCGCAAAGAACUUUGCCACUGGUCUAAAGGAUACAACAUUAGACAUAAUUUAUCUUAUUUUGAAUUAUGGACUAAGGAGAAAAAUAUGGAUGAGCAAGCUAUAAAAAGUACUCUUCAACCAAUUGUUCAAGCAUCACAUUUAUUACAAGCUCGAAAAACUGAUGACGACGUCGGAAGCGUUUGUGAAAUGUGUAGCACGUUAACAAAAUCGCAAAUUUGUAAAAUAUUGACCUUGUAUACUCCUGUGGAUGAAUUUGAACAAAGAGUUCCGAAAUCAUUUAUCGCUAAAGUGCAAGAAAAAUUAUUGGAACGAGGCGAUAAUCAAGAACAAGAUAAUUUAUUAAUGGAUGUGAAGCAUUCAUUUUGCGUUAAGUUUCCAUUUAAUCCUUCAUCAAUUUGUCUUGAAGAUAUAGAUGUUCCCGAAAUACUGAAGUUGCCUAUGUUAGAGAAAGUAUAAAUUUUACGCACUGUUCGAUACCGGAUAUAGAUUUAUUUAUUGAAAGAUGAUGAUUGUAUAUGUAUAUAGAGAGAUGUUGAAGAUUCAAGAAGUAUUUAUAAAAUAGUUAGAUUUGCUUAUUUUUAAUAUGAUAUACACACGGAUGUUAUAGAAAAUUAAUAAGACUCAAAAGUAAUUAUUAUAUGGCAUUUAAAUAUAGUACGUCUUCAAAAAAAACUAAUAGAUAAUGUUAAAGUAAGUAAUUUAAUCUGAAUUGAAUUGUAUAUAAGUUAAGUAUUAUGAUUGAUAUUUAAAAAAAUUGUUUAAAAUUUUAAAUAAAAUUUACCCCUUUAGGUGCCAUUAAUUCGUAGUUCCUUUACACAUUUCGAUUUAUAGCUUGAUUUGUAAUUUCAUAAAAUAGCCUAAUGUGCAAAAGGAAGGUGCGAAAACUGUGAUAACGUAUAUCAAUGUCUGUUCUGGCAAUAAAAGUGAUGUGUACAAAGAUUUUGAUUGGGGUGUACUCAAUUGUAACGAAAUUAUAUAUAUUAAAAAAUUAUCCUACACGGUUACAAAUGUGUACAGACAUUCAGGCUAUUUAGCCUUUCUAUUGUGAGACCUGUAUUCAAUAUUAAAAAUUGUUGGUAAAUAUGGAUAAUCUAAAAAAUUACGUUUUGUUUAACGUUAAAACUGUAAUAUUAUUUUUCUAAAUUAGUUUUUUAAUUUAAAAAAAACUAUCUUACAUUGUUUGUCAAUAUGAAAUAAUCCUUGAUUUUACAUUUUAAAUAUGGAAACGUUGUUUCUACAUGUAGUUAAAAUCCAAUAAAUUGUAAUGAUUUAUUUCACUUCAAAUAUAAGCACAUAGAAAGAUUAA